AUGCCUAUAAUGAUCUUUCAAAACCUUUUCAAUGUGGGGAAAAAUCCAGCAGGAAUAAAUCGGCUUAGUGGACAGAAUUAGAGGGGAAGGGUUUGGAGCCAGGGUAGGAUUAAGGAAAAUUGUGUGAAAUAAAAAGCGAGUGAUCACGAGUGACUCGGUUAGUGUCUGUUUCUAGAGGGAGGGAGGGUGAGAGAGAGAGAGAGAAAGAAAGAGAGAGAGAGAGAGAGAUUUUCAUCCAAAUCCAUAUCUAUUUUUUAAACCUCGUCUGUGCGUAAACGCUGGUUGCAGCCUUCGCGAGGAGACUAUUUCACAAUGCAACGCUUUUAAUAACCUUUACGCAAUCUUCACCAUCAUUAAACCCUUUUGAGUGCUCGUUUGUUUUAAACUUCAAUCUUCCCUCCGACACUUGGACAGCAUCAUGACCAGUUUGUGGGAUCGUAUCCCUUUGGAAUGGUGGGAAUUACGCGGCGAGCUGCCGGAGAGCAUGUAGACGCAAAUGGAGUUUGGGAUUUAUUGCAAAAUAUGGGGAAAAUGACCGUCUUGUCUUUGUGCUUUCUCUUGUGCGCUGAUCUACUGCAAGUAGCUGUUGGAUAUCUGACCGUAACGAUUGAGCCAUUGCUACCAGUUGUUGUGGGAGAUACAGUGACUCUAAAGUGCAACUUCAAGACAGAUGGAAGAUUGCGAGAGAUCGUUUGGUACAGGGUUACAGAUGGAGGCACUAUUAAGCAGAAGAUUUUUACGUACGAUGCUAUGUUCAAUACCAAUUACUCCCAUAUGGAGGAUUACCGGAGACGGGAGGACCUGGUGUAUCAAUCGACGGUCCGGCUCCCAGAGGUCCGGAUCUCAGACAAUGGUCCUUAUGAAUGCCAUGUAGGAAUCUAUGACCGAGCCACACGUGAGAAGGUCGUCCUGGCAUCAGGGAACGUCUUCCUUACGGUGAUGUCUCCACCCAACAACAUCUCAGUCGUGGCAGAAAACACGCCAGCACCGUUCAGCCGCUACCAGGCCCAGAACCUUACUCUGGUCUGCAUUGCCAAAGGAGGCAAACCAGCUCCAUCGGUAUAUUUCAAGCGGGAUGGAGAGUUGAUAGAGGUGAUCUCCUAUGUUUCACCCACCGUGGGUUACGAGGGCGGUGGCCCGGCUAGCGUGCGUGGAGCCAGACCUCUGAUCAGCAGGGAUCUGGACGAUACUAAGCUGAGAAAGUCUCUAUCUCUGCUGGGUCCGGAUGGCAGGCCCGGACGCCUGAACACAGAGACCCCUGGCCGAAGCUACAUGGCCAGACAACCCGGCCAAGAGCCCAGCCCGGCCACAGAGACCAUCCCAGAGACAGUGGUCAGCCGAGAGUUCCCACGCUGGGUUCAGAGCACUGACCCUCUGUACUACUUCAGCAACACGCAGAUCCCCCAGAGCGACGGGUCUGUGCUGGUUCAGGCCAAACUCACCUGGACUCUGAAUCCGCAGUUGGACAACGACGCCCUGUUUAGCUGCGAGAUCACGCACCCGGCUCUAUCCAUGCCUAUGCAGACUGAGGUCAUACUGGCGGCUCCUAAAGGGCCCAAGCUUAUGAUAACCCCUACCAGAGCAAAGGUAGGGGAUACGGUUCGCAUCACCGUCCAAGGUUUCCAGGUAGGAUCUCCAGUGAAUGAGGUGUUUCCUGAGCCUCUGUUCACCUGGACGCGGGUUGGCAGCAGACUGCUGGACGGCAGUACUGAGAGAGAUGGGAAGGAACUGGUGCUGGAGCGAGUGCCUGCAGAACUAAAUGGCUCCAUGUACCGCUGCACGGCCCAGAAUCCACUGGGCUCCACUGACACACACAUACGCCUCAUUGUUUUUGAAAACCCAAGUAUGAUGAAAAACACACAGAAUCCGAACAAUGGAGCUCCUGGUUUGCACAAGCUUGGACUGAUAUGCCUGCCACUUAUUCUUACAGUGACUGUUGAACUGACGUGAAUAUCCUUGAUUCAACCGCACACAAACACUCCUCCUCUCCAGUCAGCCCCACUUACACACACGCACAUGCACACGCACGCACGCACACACACACACACACACACACACACACACACACACACACACACACACACACACACACACACACACACACACACACACACACACACACACACACACACAAGCCUUCUCCAGACCGUGAAUAAACCUACCUUGCUUUUAUCUGUGGGAGAACCUGAACCCCCAACAAGGGGUGCGCCACCCUUUUUUGUGAACACACACACGCAAAAAAAAGAUCCAGAUGGAGAUGAUAAUAUUGCUGAUUAAAAAAAUAAAUAAUAAUAAGAUGAAAAUAAUAUGCUGAAUAUGAGAACAAGCACCUCCUUAUUGUCUGCCCCUUCAACACUGACACUUUUUUUGUGUUAAACUUGCCUGUCAAUCAACAGAAACCUGUCAUUCGGAAAAGUAAAAAGGCGCCUGGUAUUCACGAUGAACAAAAAUGCCAUACACUGGAGGGUGAAGAAAAGACAUUAAGGAAUUGUGGGUCGCUGACAAUGCUGACUGUCACUUCAACUCCACCUAGCCGUCCUCGAGUUGCCUCCUUUAGAAUUACUGCACACUGGCACAAACCGGACUCAAACAUGCCCCCUUUUUAAGGACCAUGUUUUACGCCAUUUGUGUUUUUUGAUCACAGUAUUUUUCCGUUUUGUUUUCUUGAAUGGCUCUCGGCUGGAAUGUAACAAAAAAGAGACAAUACUAAACGUCCUGUGACAUUUUAUUGCGAAGAAAUGGAAUAUCCUCUUUUUAAGUGUAUUUUGUGUACAUCCCUGUAAAUAAUGAAAAGUAUAUUACAGAGCAGAAAACAAAACAAAAACAAAUUAAUAGAGGUUUGCGGGGAAGAUGCAAGGGGGAUAUAAAAGAUAAUGGCUUUAUUGAGUGUGUCUGGUCAUCCCCAACUGAAAUCCAACCCAGGCUUUUAGAAAAAGGUGAAAUCAGUGGCCUUUCUACGAUCUGAUUUCACGUGUUCAGUAUCUAUGACAUCCGUGUGACUGUUUUCAACCGCAGAGGAAAGACGACAGCUUUUCUCGGGGCUUGCUGGUGCAUGUGACGUUCGGAGAUGAUUUCCCCUACUCAUCUGUUUGUCGCCUACCUGUCCUUAAGUUUUUGUCGCAUAUUCAGUGACCUGCAUCGUGUACAGUCCUUCUCUCUAAUCUAACAGUUACUGCUAGGAUCAUGUUAGCCACCAUUACGGCCCCUCCAUCCCCCAAAGGAAGCUCAAGUGUAAACAGGGUUGUUGCAUUUGUUUCAUAUCACCUGUAUUAAAAAUGGAGAUGAUCAACUUAAAA